AUGGACUCGAUGUACUGGGACGUCUUUCCCGCGGACGACUCAGAAUCCAGCAGCGACGAGGACAACGAGUGCGCGCCUUCUCUAGAGGUCCCGUGUGCGCGGUGCAGGGACAGGAAGCAUCUCUGCAAACGAUGCAAACGGCGCCAACAAAUCUCGAGCGCUGGGGCGAGGAAGUCGUCGCUGGAGAAUGCUUGCUUCCCUCCCCGCGCCACCAGCUCCGACGCUCCCGCCCCCGUGCCCGAGGUGCUCCUCCCGCCACCGGACGACGAGGCUCCCACGCCGAGAAACGGCGCCGCGGUCCCGGUGUACGCGGCCAUGUACACUGCCUCGCCGUCCUGGAUGUCGACUUACACGUCAAGCACGUGCGCCACGAUGUACACCGCGGCGCAUGAGCGGUCGCAGCGCGAACGGGCGCCGCUUCUGGAGGUGGCGGGCCAGCAUCAGAGGAGGAGGAUGCAGCCCCGCCGGCCGCGGAUGAGUGAGAGGCGGCGGUCUUCUGGGUGGCAGACGAGCGAGGUUGAAGGGUGGGAUGAGAGGGAGAUUGACGGGGGCGGGAGUUAUUGGGAUGUCGAAGGGGCGCGGUGGGAGGAGCAGAGGAUACGCACGCCGGAGCGGAGGGCGCAGAAGAGGGUUUGGCAGAAUGAGAGGGUGCAGCGGGCGCCGGUGAAAGGGGUCGGAAGGAGGAGGAAGUGGGAUGAGCAGAAGGGAGAGCUUCGGUGGAGGUCGCGGCCGCUGGUUGAGCCGUCGACGCCGAUGUAUCUUCAUGAUGUUGUGAUGGUGCAGAGGGCGAGGUUGCUAGAGAUGGCGUUCGUGUCUGGGAAAGGCCAUUCGAGGGUUGUGUUUGGCAUGGCGUAUGCGAGGGGGACGGGGCACGCGAGGGGUCUCUUUUGUCUGCCUGCUCCGAAAGGUGAGCCUUCUGGAGAUGGGUCCGGGCUUACGUGGAUGGAAGGUUUAUGGAAUGGUUUGGUUGGUUGGUUAUGGGGGACUGAAAGGGGUCUUGCUGUUGACUUGAGGGACAUAGACUAA